AGAGGGGGUGGUGCUGGUGGCAGUGGUGGCAGUGUGGAGGGGGUGGGCAAAUCCAUCAGAGAGAAGAGUCAGCAGCACUGAGGUCUCCUUGUUCCCUAUCCCGCUAACUGCACACGGGCCCGUUUAGGAGAAGUGGAGGAGGAAGUUCUCAGAGCAGAAGGCACCCUGUAAUUGGGGCACUUCAUGACUAAGGGUUUCCCUGUGACUCGAGCAGCGGCUGGGUCACGAGCGUUUGCUCUCCUCUCGUGGUAGAGCCGCCGUAUAAAGAACCAUCCGAGGAGGCGGACAGACAUCCAGAGUCGUGUCACGCCUGGGGUCCCAGGAGCGUCUGUCGCGAGUGUCCCUGGAUGGCGCUUUGUGUUUCACCCCAGCGAGGAGCGUACACGCGUGUGCUGAAGCAGCAGCUCUCCUUUCCUGUUGUCCUGCUGCCGUUUGGGAAAAUUGUUUGGCUUUGGUCGUCCUUUCCGGCAGUGGCGGCCUGCUACUGCCGCGGACUGAAUCACUGAAUUUUUGCCAGCCACCCUGUGCUGGGUGCACAGAGAUGUAGAGACCAGCGUGUGGAAAGCUCCCGGACCACUUUUCACACACAGGAGUGACGUCGGCUCUUGGGCUGGACUGCACCUCGCUUGCGGCCCGCCCCCCGCGGCCCCCAGCCAUGGCCUCUCGGAUCGGCCUGCGCCUGCAGCUGAUGCGCGACCAGCUGCAGCAGGAGGAGCAGCGGGAGCGGCAGCAGCAGCAGGCCGCCGGCCUCAGCUACAUGCAGCACCGCAUGCCGGUGCCGCCCACCCCCGCCAUCAACACGCCCGCCCAGUUCCAGCCGCCCAUGCAGGUGCCCAUGGAGGUGCUCAUGGUCCAGACCCACCUGGAGAAUCCCACGGACUACCACAUCCGCCAGUCCCAGAGGCAGCAGCUCAAGGAGUAUCUCUCCACCACCUACGCCACCAAGCAGGUGGUGCACGCCGUGGCCGGGGUGCAGCCCUCACCACCCCUGCCCCCGCCCCCCGGGCAGUCAGCAGCCCCGCCCCCUCUGCCCUCACCUCGCCUCCGCACCGAGCAGCUCAUCGGCUCCGCGGGAAACAGCGCCCCCAACAGCCCCAUGGCCAUGCUCAACAUCGGCAGCAGCCACGAGAACGAGAUGGAUGAUGUCAUUGAUGACAUCAUCAGUUUGCAGUCCAGCUAUGAUGAUGUACAGGCGUAUAUUGACCCCGUGGUCCAGAUGCCCAACACACUUCCCCUCUCCAGUAGCCACCUGGAUGUGUACACGGCUCCCGGGAUGUCCGCUCCCGCCAUAGCCAUGACCAGCAACUCCUGCCCAGCCAACCUGGCCAUCAAGAGGGAGCUGUCAGAUGCAGAAGCACGAGCAAUGGCCAAGGAAAGACAGAAGAAAGACAACCACAACCUGAUUGAAAGAAGAAGAAGAUUCAAUAUCAACGAUCGUAUCAAAGAGUUGGGCACCAUGAUUCCUAAAACGAACGACCUGGACGUGCGCUGGAACAAAGGCACCAUCCUGCGGGCCUCGGUGGAGUACAUUAAGCGCAUGCAGAGGGAUGUGCAGCGAUCCCGGGAGGUGGAGAACAACUUCAAACGCAUGGAGAUGGCCAACAAGCAGCUGUGGCUCCGCAUCCAGGAGCUGGAGAUGCAGGCCCGGCUCCACGGCCUGCCUAGCAGCUCCCCUUCAGGCCUGGGCAGCGCGGAGCUCCUGAGCCCCUUCGUCAAACAGGAGACCAGCCCCGAGGAGAAGGUGCCGGGGGAGUCCCUGCCUCCCCACCCCCACCAGCAGCAGAGACAGCUCCCCCUGAUGGCCCAGCACCCCCAGCACCAGCAGCCCUUGCAGUACCCCUCCGUUGGAAGCUCCCAGCACUUUGACUUUGCUCAGUCGCUGGACUUGUGCGACAGCGGGCAGGGCUACGCCGACCCCCUGUCCCAGCUGACCGAGCUUUCGUCCCUGGGCGGCACGGGGAAGAAGGGGGGAGAGCUGGGCUUCAUGCUGAUGGACGAGGCGCUGUCACCCCUGGGGGGGGACCCCCUGCUCUCCGCCAUGUCCCCGGAGGCAUCUGUGGACAGCAGCCGGCGCAGCAGCUUCAGUAUGGAGGACUCGGAUAUACUGUGACCUCUGUCUCAUGCUCUCACACACACACACACACACACACACACACACACACACACGUGUGCUCACACACAUCCAUUCACAUAAGAAGCACAUAACUAGAAACAUAAUCAACAAGGACUCAGAUAUACAAUGACCCUUGUCUCUCGCAGACACAGACACACACGCACACACACACACACCUGUUUAGGUAAAAUGCACACAUAACAUUAAGGGCUCAGAUAAAGUGUGACCUCUGUCUGUGUCAUACACACACACAAACACAGAAUUACUUACAUAGAACAAUAGCACAAAAAUACAAAAAUGGAUAGCCCAGAUAUACUGUGACCUCUCUCACACAUACAUGCCCAUCCACGUACAACACACAUACAGAUAAGUACGUACUCAUACACACACAUUCACACAUAACAUCCACAUGUACUCAAACACAGAAGACUCCUAAAUGCUCUGACCCAUCAGCUGUCUGUGACUUUUCAUCCCUUUAUUGUUCCCUUCUUCCGAAAUACUGAACACUUAAGCUGUACACCAGCGCGACCGCCCCCUCCAUACAUACAUAAAUACAUGCAACACAGCCUCACACACACACACACAC